GUGAAUUUUGAUCCAGCCAUCAUGAUUGCAAUCUGACACAACAACAACAAAAUAUACAAAGGUUUGGGUACUCAGCAAUAUUGACGCUUGUGUAUACAAUUAGCUAUAUCUGACGUUCUAUACAGGCAGAAUGAGUUUUAUCAUGCAAACCGUGCUGCUAGCCCUGGGGGUGUUCGCCUGUAUGGUGAGUGGGCAGGGAUUGGAUAGCCGCCUAGAGAAGGGUGGUGCACGUGUACUAGCUAUGAAGACUAUCGGAAAUAGGAUGGCUGUGGAAGACAAGGACCUCACCGUUCUCUACAACUUCUACAACGUUGGCGAUGGAAUUGCCACCGAUAUCCGCGUAGAAUCCCCUGAUACCUUCAUUGACUGGCCACUGAAGAAUGGACUAUCGACUGGCUUCCAGAUCCCCUUUAUUCAGCCCGGAGAGAAUGUCACCCAUGCGUUGAUCUACCAGUUGGGCAAGGUUGGAAAGACUAACACACUAAAUGCCACCGACUUCACCUACAAAAACGGCAAGAAGCUUGUUCUGUCCAAAACGAGCGCACCGGGACCUGUUAAGGUGCAGUCCAAUGCCGAGUACGAGAGAUUGUACACCCUGCAGAUGAGACCCUGGUUGCUGUACGGUGCGUGCAGUGCGUUGAUCGUUGUCCUGCCAUAUCUUGGCUUCCAGAGCAGCAGUUCAAAAGCCAAGCGUGCUUAAAUCAGAUACAUCAAUUGGAUAAUAAAGAUUAAUUGAAAGAAUGGAAAACUUCGC